AUGCGUGCAAUGGAACCAGAUAGGCACUCCUACAUAAGCGGCGUGCUGGUCAUGGAGAAGACAAAAUUACUGUAUCAACAAAUGUAUUCAGGAAAGGUUUUCACCUGGAUCCAUCUGAUGCCCAUUUUCUGCUCUUCCAUGGUGAGGGCCCAGAUCCAGACAAACUCGGACAGCAAGAACUUGGUAACUCACAAGCCUACACCUACCUCUGAAGCACUGUCUGGUGUGACGGUGGAACCAACACGGAAAUCAAGGUCAGACUCAGAAAGACCAGAGAGUCUGUCAAAGGAUCUGUUCACCAUGUCUAACUUGUCAGUAAGUGAUCCAGAGCUGGAGAAGCCGGCGAAUGGCAGCUAUUCCGAUGUGUACGAGAAGUAUGUGUUGCCCUGUAUAGCAGAGUUCCUGGGUACUGCCUUCUUCAUCUUCAAUGGAUGUGCAUCAGUGACUGAGAAUACAGAGGGGACUGGGCAUCUUCAACCUGCUCUAGCACAUGGGCUGGCAUUGGGAAUAGCAGUAGCAAUCUUUGCCAGAGUAAGUGGUGGUCACAUGAACCCUGCAGUGUCCCUGGGUGCAGCUCUGAUUGGUGGGCUAAACAUCUUUCUGCUAAUUCCUUACUGGGCAGCUCAAUUAUGUGGAGGAAUGGUUGGCGCUGCCUUAGCAAAGGCCAUAACAUCGGAUGUGAAGUUUUUCAACGCAACAGGAGCAGCAUUUAAGUCUAUUGAACGAGAUGAGCAGGUUGGCAGUGCCAUCGUGGCAGAGGUGGUCAUGACCGCAUAUUUGGUGAUGACGGUCUGCAUGGGCACAAUAAACAAGAAGAGCACCACCACACUAGCCCCGCUGUGCAUAGGUCUGUCGGUUACUGUGGGUAUUCUUGCUGGAGGAUCUGUAUCUGGUGGGUGUAUGAAUCCAGCCAGAGCAUUAGGAUCGGCUUUGGUUGCUAACUACUGGGACUAUCACUGGGUCUACUGGGUAGGGCCAAUAACUGGCUCUUUGAUUGUGGGCCUGCUUCUCAGAGUUUUCAUUGGUGAUCAAAAAAUACGUGUGCUUAUGACAUGAACUAAACUGGAGGAGAAGAGAACCAGUUCACAGAUCUCACAUGUUAACUCUCUCUGGUGCACAAAAAAUGUGCUAAUCUUUAUAUUCCAAAGAAAUGUAUUCUGAAGAAAUUAAAGUUUUACUGUACAUGUACAGUUAUUCUAUUAAACUGAGUAUUUCACCAAAUGGCUACAAUGGGAGGACGUGCCUUCAACCCCCGAGAAGUCUGUAUAUUCAAUGUAUUCGGACACCGUGAGGAAUAAAAUUAAAUUCAACGAUUUCUCGGAUUUCAGUAAUUUGUUCAAGGUCUGUGUCAGAGAGGGGUGGAUAAUGUACACAAGUGUCUUUUUGUGUUUUUCUUUAGCAUUUACAAACCGCUAAAAAUACAUUAUUUGAAGCGACAAAGUUGGUAGGUGAGCAUAAAGACAGCGAUUUUUUUGGGGGUAUUUUUUCUGUUUUGCUAUCUUCCAGUUAAUUUCAUUGUUCUUCAUCCAAAUCGGCAUGUCUGCUUACUACUGUGGGAUUUUUUGCAGUAGUAAGCUAAGAAAUAAAAAAAAAAUUUGUUACAGCUGUACAUCUGUAACUGUAAGCAAGAUGGCUACCAAUACUUUAAAUUCUGUGAGGCAGCAUGGUGAUUUUGAAUAUGUGACAAGGCUCCAACUGUCCAUAUCCAUCCAAUAUACGGACAGCUGGAACCUUGCUCGACCAAUCACAUUGCUUGUUUCACAUUCCAUUAUGAGCCCUGGAUUAUAAAGUGUAUUAUAAUAUUAUGUAACUAAAAUACCAAUCUGGAUCACUUUUUUUUAAAUUACAGUCCUUUACAUAAAAAGACUGCAUAGGUGAUAAUACCUGUACACUGUAUCAUUUAUGUAUGACACACGCAUCCACAAUGUUUAGAAUUCACAUCCUAGCCUUGUAUUUAAUGUAUUAUGCCUGUAUUUAAUGUAUUUGCAUUGUUUUUUUACUGUUUGUAUUUAAUGUACCAUGCCCUGUAUUUCACUGUAUUUAAUGUAUUAUGCAUUGUA